AUGGCGCUCGCGCCCCGGCGAGAUGGCGCCCAUUUUUCAUGGCAGACAAAAACAUUUUCCCGGGGAUCAAUUCCGCCGCGCACGACGCUCGCCUUCGCCCACGCGGCCGGCCGGCCUGGGGGGGGGGCUGGCACGGAGGUGGGGGGCGGCUGCGGGGAGCCCGGGCCCCAGCAGGUGUCCGCGGGGGCGGCGGCCGGUGGCCGGUGCGGGAGGCGGCCGCGCAGGACCUCCUGCCCCACCCUGGAUCCUGAAGACACAGAUCUGACGGAGGCCACGCCCCUCUCCAUGGUGCAGACCCCAGUGGCCUCCCACCAGGAGCCUCCUGAGAGCGAGGGGUCUUCAGCCUCCCCCAAGGGGCCGCCCAGGGCUCUCACGGCCCCUGACCCCGGGGAGCAGAGGGAGGCCGCGGGCACCAGAAGGGCUGGGCUGGGCCGCACCGGUGCAGCCCCUCGGUCCGCCGAGCAGACCCCCAACCGGUCCAGGCGAGAAAAGGCCGCGGGCUCUGCUCCCCGGAGCUCGGAGCUCGGCCCCAGCCCGGCGCCACGCCGCACCGCACCCGAGGACAGGCGCCCACCCACCCCCGAGGACGGGCACCCACCCCCGGGGCGCCCACCCGAGGACGGGCGGCGCCCACCCGAGGACGGGCACCCACCCCCGGGGCGCCCCCCUGAGGACGGGCACCCACCCACCCCCGGGGCGCCCACCCCCGGGGCGCCCACCCGAGGACGGGGCGCCCACCCCCGGCACGAGCACGCGCCCCUGAGGACGGGCACCCACCCCCGGGGCGCCCACCCGAGGACGGGCACCCACCCCCGGGACGCCCCCCUGAGGACGGGCACCCACCCCCAGGGCGCCCCCCUGAGGACGGGCACCCACCCCCGGGACGCCCCCCUGAGGACGGGCACCCACCGCCGGGGCGCCCCCCUGAGGACGGGCACCCACCGCCGGGGCGCCCCCCUGAGGACGGGCACCCACCCCCGGGACGCCCCCCUGAGGACGGGCACCCACCGCCGGGGCGCCCCCCUGAGGACGGGCACCCACCCCCGGGACGCCCCCCUGAGGACGGGCACCCACCGCCGGGGCGCCCCCCUGAGGACGGGCACCCACCCCCGGGACGCCCCCCUGAGGACGGGCACCCACCGCCGGGGCGCCCCCCUGAGGACGGCGGGACCCACGGCCACAGGCGCGCCGGCCGCCCGCGGGCUCGCGCACGGGGACGCGCCUGCGCACUGUCAGCCGGCUCCCGGCGCGGCGGCGCAGGCGCAGAGGACCUGCUCGGGGACGACCCGGCCGGGCCGGCGUCUGCGUCUGCGCCUGCGCAGGGCAGGCCGGGGCUGGGGGGGGGCGUGCGCGGCCGUGACGUCACGGGUGGCCCGCCCGCCCGCGCGCGCACGUCCUGGGGGCGACGAGUUCCGGGACGCCGCGGGCCGGGCCGAGCCGGGCGAAGGGAGCCGCUCGUCGGGGUCGGGCGCGGGCGGAGGGGGCGUGGGGCCGCGCUACGGCGGCCGCGGAGGGCCGCGCUACGGCGCCCACGCUGGGCCAAACGCCUCCGGCGGCCGGGCGCGCCGCCGCGUGAGAGCCGGGCCGCGGCACCAUGCGGCCGCCGCGCCGCGGGAGCCCCGAGGGCCGCGGGAGCCCGCAGCCCCGCCAGCCUGCCCCGAGGUGCGGGACGCCGGCGCCGCCGCGGAGAGGGCACCGGGUGAGCGGCGGGGGGCGCGGGCGUGGGCAGCGGGCCCGCCCCGUGGCCUCUCGCGGCCUGGGCGGGCUGUCCAUGGCGUCGGCGGGUGCGGCGCGGCCCCGCGGGACCCGGCCGGGCCGGGGGCUGCGAGGGGGCUGCGAGGGGGGCUCUUCGGGGAGCAGCGCCCCCGGCCCCGGCCCCACGCGCUCUGCCCCGAGCGCGCCCCGGGAGGCCCGGCGGGGGCGCGGGUGGGUGCGGCCCAGAGCCUGACCCGGCGCCCUCCCGCCCCCCGCCCGCAGGCCGCCGCCGCCCCCGAGGCCCCGGCCGCGGGGCCCGGGCGCCCCUGA